AUGAGAAAACAAGUAUCAUUUGCAGACAGUCAGAGGAGCCACAGGCUGCAUCAGGAUGAAGCUUUGCAAAGCAGUAUUGGGAUGGAUGCAUCAAACAUAGCACUAAAUGAUGCCGGUGUGAACCUCAACUACAGCCUGAAAAUCAACCCACCGGCUGCAACAUGUGAUUCACAACACCAACGUGAGACAACCAUAACAAUCCCCAAAUCCUUAACCGCAGGCCCACAUCUGAAGCAUGCAGCUCUGUCUCCAGCUCAGAGGAAGUAUCUGUACAGCGUGGCAGCCUCUUACAGCCCGGCACACGUCCGUCAGCUGAUCACCCGGCACUACAUGAACGUGCUGCACAGGUGCAUACCAGCAGACGGCAGCCAUGUUGUGUCCUCUGUGGCUGAGGAGAGAGACAGACAUCCAUCAGAAGUUCAUUUGAGUGCGAAACACAGGAAGAAGAUUAAAAGUGGCGCAAGGAAUUCUGGGAAACCCUGUCUUGCAAAAACCUCGAACAGAAAAGCCAGGCUUUCCAAGACAACAGCUACAAAACCAACCAAGACGAAGAAACGUAAAACCAAACCUCCCAAACUGACAAGAAAAAGUCCAGGAAGGGCCAGGAUCCGGCUUUUGGAGAAGGACAAAGAGGAAGAAGGACCAGAUGAUUUCCUGAGUGAAUGUUUUAGUUCCCUCUCUAUGGAAGGGUGGGAGGAUGACACCCUCUCAGAUUUGUGAGAUUAAUAUUGAGAUUGUGAGGUGUCACAGUAACAUUUUGUGGAGCUAAAACCUGAGAAUAUUCUCCCAGAGGUCAACAAACCUCUAGGCUAAUCAUACAUGAGGCCAAAAGUGUUGAUCUUCUUAUAUAAAGGGAGACAACUGAAUAAAAACACUUUGAGUAGCAGCUCAAUUUGCUGCUUUGUUGUUACACUGCACCAGGUGGAUUUGUGCUUUGGCGCCCCCCCUCCCAAAGGCACAGGAGUGACAACGUUCUCUGUGUUUCCAGGAAAUCACUUGAUCAGUUCUUGAGUUUGUGAAAUAUGAUCAUGGAACUCUUUGGAGACAAUUGAAGGAGUAUCUAAAGCAAACCGCAGUAUUUACAGAAAACGCUUUAAUUACAUUGCACUGAAGCCAUUUAGAGACAGUAUGUUGCACAAUAGCAGCUCAAUAAAUAAAUGGAAGACACCCAAAAAUGUAAUAACCCCCGAUGGUAUCUAAUAUAAGAUCCACCCUGUUUAUAAUGCAAUAACCAUGUGUGUACACGGGCUCAUUUUCCCAAUCUGAUAGGCACAGGGAUUUUAGUUUAAUGCAUAUUUGGCUGAUAACAACACACCAGUUUCCGUGUGGUUUGAAGGUCAAACUCUGGAUAAAGUUAAACAUUUCCCAGAAAUCAGUGUCUAAUGUUUCUUUUUCCAGUAUGCUAACAUGACCCUAACUGUGUGUUUUACUCUUGAAUACUUGAAUGUGAUUCUGAAAAGAAGCAUACUUUUUUACAA